AUGGAACCAAAUGAAGCAUCAAAGAAAAUGAAGAGGAAAAAUUACUACAAUGCGUUAACUACUAAGGAAAGAGAAGCUUAUAUUAGAAGGAUGUGUCGAAAUAAGAGAAUAAAGAGGACUAUGGAUAGUAGUCCAAAUGCAGAAGAUCAAUCAAUGAAAAGAAGUGCACGUUGGCUAGAACGAGCAUCCAAUUACCAAGUUGAAUGCAACAGAACAAAUAUAUCAAGGCCGUCUUGUUCAGAACUACACAGGCUUGGAAAAAUAGCAAGUUGCAUCCAUUGUGGAGCAAUGAAAUUUCAAUAUGAGAGUCCAACUUUUUACUGUAAUAAUGGAGAAACAGUACUUGUGGAACCUUGUAUCCCAGAUGAAUUAUAUAACUUGCUAACAUCUGAUUGUAAUGAGGGUGUUGAGUUUAGGAGAAACAUUAGAGCAUACAACAGUGUUUUCUCAUUCACCUCAUUUGGGGUAGCACUUGAUAAAAACUUGGCAUCGUCAAGGGAUGGAAUAUACACUUUUAGAGCGCAAGGUCAGAUUUACCAUAGUUUGCCUGGAUUGAUACCACAAAAUGAUAGACCUCGCUUCUUCCAGUUAUAUUUUUAUGACACAGAUAAUGAAUUGCAAAAUAGGAUGAAUGUUUUACAAGAAGGGAAAUUAUCAGAAAAUACAAUGAAGACUAUAAUGAAAAUCCUAGAAGACAAUCCUUAUGCAAAAAUUCUACGGAGGCUUAAAGAUGUACCAACGUUGAGAGAAUUACAAAUCUGUAUAUCUAAGAACACCAAUCUUGAUCAAAGGAUUUAUAACUCUCCAACAGCAGAGCAAGUGGCAGCAAUUUGGAUAGAAGGAUACAAUCCAAAUGAACCGUUAAAUAGAGAGAUUAUAAUACAAGAGCACUCUGGACAAAGGCAUCAAGUCAAACAUUAUUAUAGUUGUUAUGAUCCUCUACAAUAUCCGAUUUUAUUUCCAAAUGGUGAGAGUGGGUGGCAACAGUUUAUCUACAGAGGGCGGAACGAAAGAAUACAAUUAAAUAUGACCGAAGAAAGUCAGACAUUGGAUUUAGCUGGACAGCUUAAUGAUGAGGAAUCACAAGAUAUCGAAAGACAAGGAGGGCAAUAUGUUUCUUGUAGAGAGUAUUAUUGCUACAAGCUUCAAAUUCGGAAUCCAAUAAAAUCAAUUCUGCUACUUGCUGGGCGACUAUUUCAGCAGUUUGCUGUGGACAUGUAUGUGAAGUUAGAGACAACGCGUCUUGAUUUUUUUAGAAAACAACAGUCGAAUAUAAGAGCAGAAUUGUAUCAAGGAAUUGUUGAUAGUGUUACGGCUGGGGAAACACGUGGAGAUCAAGUUGGACAUAGAGUUGUUUUACCACCAUCUUUCAUUGGAGGACCAAGAGAUAUGAGACGUCGUUAUAUGGAUGCUAUGGCUCUUGUUCAAAGAUACGGUAAACCGGAUCUCUUCAUUACAAUAACAUGUAAUCCAGAUUGGGAUGAAAUAAGGAAUGAGCUUCUAAAUGGACAAACAGCACAGGAUAGACCAGAUCUUUCUGCUAGAGUUUUUAGAGGGAAAAUAGAAGAUCUUAAAGACCAGCUAUUUAAGGAAGAAGUAUUUGGUAAAGUAGCUGCACGUGUCUAUGUCAUUGAAUUUCAGAAAAGGGGACUUCCACAUGCUCAUAUAUUAUUAAUUUUGAAACAUGAAUAUAAGCUAAUGAGCCCAGAUCAUUUUGAUAAAUUUAUAUCAGCAGAAUUACCAGAUCAAUCACUAUUUCCAAUGUUGCAUGCGAAGGUGGUAAAACAUAUGGUUCAUGGCCCUUGUGGAUCGUUGAGGAAAACAAGUCCAUGCAUGGUUGACGGAAAAUGUAAAUAUCACUACCCACGUUCUUUUUGUUCAAAGACAAGUUUAGGGGGUGAUGGUUAUCCAAUAUAUAUGCGAAGGAAUGAUGGAAAGAAAAUUUUUGUACGUAACACAAUUUUAGACAAUCAAUGGAUUGUUCCAUACAAUCCUUACCUAUUAAGUAGGUAUAAUUGUCAUGUCAAUGUUGAAGUAUGCUCUGGACUUAAGGCUGUAAAAUAUCUUUAUAAAUAUAUAUACAAAGGGCAUGACAAAGCAGCUGUGUGCAUAACGUCAAAUGAGGCAACACAUCCAGUAGAUGAGAUCAAACAAUACCAAGAUGCGAGAUGGGUAUCAGCACAAGAAGCAAUUUGGCGGAUUUUUGAAUUUAAGCUGAAUGAUAUACAACCCCCUGUUAUUAACCACCAAUUACAUCUUCCAAAUAAGCAAAAUGUUUAUUAUUGGAAUAAUGAAGAUCUUCGAAAUAUUAUGACGUGGGAGCACACAGCUAAGACAAUGCUUACAAGAUUCUUUAGAAAAUGUGCUUCAGAUCAAAAAGCAAGGAUGUUGCUGUACAAAGAAUUUCCUGAACAUUAUGUGUGGGUAGUAGGAAAGAAAUGUCCUACUUCUUGGGAUGACCUACUUACUGUUGGUGGAUUACUUGUGAAGACUUUUAAAGAGUCUGCACAGAAAAGAGGACUCUUAGAAUCCGACGAUAGUAUAGUCGAAUGCUUGGACGAAGCGGUCAAUUUCAAGAUGCCAUACGCAUUAAGAAGAUUAUUUGCAACUAUUCUGGUUUAUUGUCAACCAACAAAUGUCAGAUUAUUAUGGGAGAGAUAUAGACCAGCAAUGUCUGAAGAUUUCGUUCAAAGAUCUAUAGCGACAGAUGCAGAACAAACCGCAUGGGCAUUAGAGGGAGUUAAUUAUUUUCUAGAGAGCAUGGGGAAGACAAUACAAGAUUUUGAUUUACCUAAAUUUAAAGAGAAUGAAAUAGAUAAUCCAUCAUGCAAUCUACGAAUCAUACAGGAUGAGAUAGAUGUUGAAGUUUGUCAGGAAGAUAUAGAUGGUAAGUACAAAUUAAACGAAGAUCAAAGAAAAGCUUUUGAAAUAAUAAUGAACAGAGUUAAUAUGAAUAAGGGAGGAGUUUUUUUCAUAGAUGGUCCUGGAGGGACGGGAAAAACAUUCUUGUACAAAACUAUUCUUGCCAAUGUCAGAUCAAAAGGAAUGAUUGCAAUAGCAACUGCAACUUCAGGAGUAGCAGCAUCUUUAUUGCUUGGUGGGCGCACAUCACAUUCACGUUUUAAGAUACCUAUUAAUGCCACUGAGACAACAGUUUGCAAUAUAUCUAAACAGGAAGGUACUGCACAUUUGAUUAGAAAAGCAGCACUAAUUAUUUGGGAUGAAGCACCUAUGGCAAAAAGAGUAACAAUUGAAAGUGUAGAUCGUACAAUGCAAGACCUAUUGAGUACAAAAGAAUUGUUUGGUGGUAAAGUAGUAGUUUUUGGAGGAGAUUUUCGUCAAGUGUUGCCAGUUAUUCCAAGAGGAACAAGGAGCCAAACAGUUAAUGCCAGCUUAGUAAAGUCUUAUUUGUGGGAGAAGAUGGAAAAGAUAACAUUAAAAAUAAACAUGCGAGCAAAAAAUGAUGAAGAAUUCAGUAAAUUCUUGCUGCGUGUCGGAAAUGGAACAGAAAAAACAACUAAAGAUGAACUUAUAAGACUUCCUGAAAGUAUUGUGAUUGAAGAUAGCAAAAAUGGAAAAUCGGAAGUUGAAUUGUUAAACCAAGUAUUUCCAUAA